UGGCCUGCCUCAGCAGAGCAAGGGUUGUCACUGCAUCCACAGUCCUGACUCACACCCCUCGGCGUGUCCAUUCUGACCAGUGACUGGCAAUGGCAACCCUGUGGAUUUUCCUUGUGUCUGUGGCUUGGGUUUAUGGAGACACCAAAAUGAGAAUAUCUCAAGAUCAACUCUCCUUUAUCCGAAGACCAAACAGAACUGUGCACAUAAGCUGCAAGCUGUCUGGGGUUCCCCUGGAGAACGCAAUUGUGCACUGGUAUCAACAAAAAAACGGGGAGCCCUUGAGGCGAAUCCUUUAUGGCUCAACCAAGAAUAGCAAGGACAACAAGCUCAAUCCCCGCUUGGAGGCAUACAGGAAAGGUGGAACCUUUAACCUGAUCAUCAAUAAUGUCGUCAAGUCUGAUGAAGCCAUCUACUACUGUGCCUGCUGGGAUAGCUCAGGCUGGAUCAAGAUAUUUGCAGAAGGGACUCAACUCGUAGUAAUUCCCAGUGAUAGAAGCUAUGGUCCAGGGUAUUACCCCAAGCCCACUAUUUUUCAACCUUCAGCUGCUGAAAUAAGCCUUCAUAAGGCUGGAACACAUAUUUGUCUUCUUGAGAAAUUUUUCCCUGAUGUUAUCAAGGUGUACUGGAAGGAAAAAAAUGGCAAUACAGUUCUGGAAUCUCAGCAGGGAAAUACCAUGAAGACUGAUGACACAUACAUGAAAUUCAGCUGGCUGACCGUGAGUGAAGAGUCAAUGAAUAAAGAACACAAAUGUAUCGUCAAACAUGAGCAUAAUAAAGUGGAUCAAGAGAUUCUUUUUCCUGCAAUAAAGAAAGAGGCUGCUACUAAUCAUAUAAGAGAAGUUUAUCUGGAAGACAAAAGCGAUAUGCUUCAGCUGCAGCUCAUCAAUACCUCUGCCUACUACACCUACCUGCUCCUCCUCCUCAAGAGCCUGGCCUACUUUGCCGUCAUUUCCUUCUGUCUGGUUCGGAGAACAGCAGCCUGUGGCCAUGGAAAGAGUUCAUAACAGAUAAUGGCACAAAAGAAUCAAUGUUCUCUUCCUUAUUGUUCUUUUUUUCUUUUUUUUGCCUCUGAACCUGUCUGCUGAGGAUCUAGCUGGACUUUCUUUCUGGGUUUGGAUGAUUUCAGUUCACAUGUGCCUUUUUCUAUUAUGUCAUUUUUGCAUAAUGGUUUUCAAACCACUGGCCAACAGAAAAUUCCACUGUGUAACAAUAACAAAUUCUGCCAUUACUCAGGGGCAGGGCCAAAGGGUACCCUUUAGCACCAUCUUCCCAUAAUCCCCAUCAGCUCCUCUAGCCAAGCCUAAUAAUCACGCCUUCUGAGUACAGACAGCACGCAGCCUCUAGUCACACUCCUUAGGGCUUUUGCACCAGAUAACUGCCCUGAACUUUCCAUUUUACUCACCCGGAAGAUGCCAUAUUUGCUACUUGAAUUCUGUAUUUUGUUUUUCAUAAUAAGACAAUAAAUUUUUUUAAAAUCAAAA